CUCUACUUAAUUUUCAUUAGUAUGUUAUGAAACAAUUUUACAGAACAAUCAAAAGAUCUUUCAUACGAAUACUGAAAACAUUUUAGUUUUUUUAUCACAAUAAUAAUGUAAAUUUUUGUUUGAAAUUUUUUAAUAUGCCUAAAUCACAACUUCAUACUGAUCCAGCUAAUCCAAAAGUACAUCCAAAUGAUGGAAAUGAAAAACCAAGAUCACGAUGGGACAUUUGGGUAGCUAAAAAUGCUCUUCCGAAAAAUCGUUAUUUUCCCCAGCCGAAACCGAAACCCACACGUUUUCAAAAACCAGGUCCGAUGUCGAGUGAAGCUAAGAAAAAAUUUCUGAAAUGGGCAAAGAAGCGAACUCUUCCCAAAUGUGAUUGUCCAAAACAAACAACCAAAUCAAUCAAAUCAAAAGCAACGAGAAAAAAAAGUUUUAAGCCACGUAAAAUAAGGAGAAAAGUGAUAUUCAAAAUGUGUCGAACCCAGAAUUUGAGUGUGCCGAAAUGGCCACGUGAAAAAUAUAUCCCUCCUCCUCCACCAAAUUAUCCAUACUCGCCAAAGAUACAUUACAGAAAGCCACCACAUCGUGAUAAAGGACGACCUUUUCAAAAUGUUAAACUACCACAUUGGUGGUAUCACGAAGAGUUGGAACUUGAUUUCUGGCGAUGGAUGAGAUUCCCUAUUUGUCGUAGUGCUUUAAAAUAUAAAAUUAAUUUGAAUACAAGAAGAAUGGCAAUUUCAAAAGCCUACCCUAUCAAACCACAUUGUCCUUAUCCACCAAGGGAUUAUUCCCCACCCGACCGGGUUAGAAUGAAACCGAAGCAGUGGCGAGAUCAUUUGAAGCGAUUGCAUUAUUUGGCUGAUGCUAGUUUUAAGGAAACACGUCAAUUUAGAGUAAAAUUAUAAGAAAUUUGUUAAUAGUUUUGAUAAUAAAAUUAAUGAAGUACAACAACUGUUACCAAAUA